CGCUCACCUGAGCACACACCGGCCCGCACCGGUUCUCCAGGGGACGCAGAUCCCUCCCUUGGGGCCACCCCGCCGCCUUCAGGCUCUGUGCCCCGCGAUGGCCCCGGGAGGGCUCGCCGGGCCGGCCCCCGCGCCAGCGGACCGAGGGAAGCGGCCGCAGGCCGGCAGGGGGACGCGGGGCCGGCGCCGCGGGGCGGGGGAGGCAGUGCGAGGCAGUGCGGAAAGAGUUAAGGGAAGGUGGCGGGGCAGGCUGGCUGUCUGGAGCGAGCAUGUGCAGAUUGAAACCGCAUCCAUACUACGGGCGAGUGUCACUGGCACACUUCACCUCCCGCCGGCCGCGGGGCACCCAUGGACACCGGAAGACUGUCUGGUUGCUGUAUUAACUGUCGGUCACACACACCUGCGCUGAAAACGACUGGCAUCUGAAACCCCUUGGACUUGCUGGAGGCAGCCUAGUCUACCUGCGGAUGUUGUGAAUUAGGAGCUGGCCAAAGAGUGGGAGAGCUCCAGGAUCCCUCCCCGGAAAAGCUGAGAAUGGAAAAUGUCUUCUGUGCUGACUGACAGUUGAGUGAAGAGAGUGUUGCUGGGGUGAGUGCAGAAGAAUGGCUGCGGCAGAACCUCUGACCGCUUUCUCACGAUGGUACCUCUACGCCAUUCACGGCUAUUUCUGUGAGGUGAUGUUCACAGCUGCCUGGGAGUUUGUGGUCAACUUCAACUGGAAGUUCCCCGGUGUUACCAGUGUGUGGGCACUCUUCAUCUAUGGCACCUCCAUCCUCAUUGUGGAGAAGAUGUAUCUGUAUCUCAAAGACAAGUGUAACAUUUUAGUGCGCUGCUUCAUUUACACACUGUGGACCUAUCUCUGGGAGUUCACCACUGGCCUCAUCCUACGCCAGUUCAAUGCCUGCCCAUGGGACUAUUCCCAGUUUGAUUUUGACUUCAUGGGCCUGAUCACCCUGGAGUAUGCCAUCCCAUGGUUUUGUGCUUCUUUCAUCAUGGAGCAGCUGGUGAUCAGAAACACCCUGCGCUUACGAUUUGAUGAGACUGCCGAGCCUGGGGCCCCCACCGCGCCCGUUGCCUUGGCCAAUGGCCACGUGAAGACAGAUUGAGCAGCCACUUAGAGCCAUACUCAGCAAUUUGAGAGAGCCCAGAUCUCUACCACUGACAGCCAGCUCUGGCUCUGAGGUACUGCUCUUUGCUGUGUAAGAUUCAUAACCCCAUUUUUCUAAUGGGGGUGUGCAUGGGAUAUACCAGAAAAAUUGGAACCAGUAGAUUUUCUAUGGAUUUUACUCUUUGGGCUCCAAGGACCAAUAUCAGUUACUUGUUAGUUAGGUCGUUUCUGAUUUUAACUUAUUACUGAUGAAAGCAGUCCUUUUGCUUACACUUUAAAGUGGAGACAGAAGAAAAAAGAAAUGCUACGGUGGAAAUGCAUCCUAAAAAACCCCACCUAAUCAGUGGAUGGGCAUGGACACGCCAGCUGAGUUAGUGAUUGGCUUACUCCAUUAGGCAAUAUUCAGGUGCUUGCUUGCAACCAAUACCUCCCGUGGGACCUGAGAUGCUGCAGGAACAAGCAAAAUCCAUCUGCUGUUGAGAAGUACCUAAGACUGGCAAUCUGCUGGGGAGGUAGAUGGUGUUCCCCUCACCAGGUCCCACUGGCCUCUCCCCAGGUUCUUUGUUGCACCAUGAAAUAAUCUGGUGCUGGACAUCUUGCUGAACUUAUACGGAUAUUGUACUUUUUGAAAUCUCAGUCCUGAUACGUCAGAUACUCAAUAGAAGUUUUUUUCUUUUUUUCUUCCUUCUUUUUUUUUUCUCCUUUUUUUUCUAAAAAGACCUUUUUUUGCCAAGGGAAUUUUACCAUAAUCUGUGCUAUCUGAAUCUUGGCAAAAGGCACAAGAAAUAGUGCAAGUCUUCCCAUCUCCUUUGUCCCCCCCAAAGCAGAUCUUGCUGCAGAUUCCAGCUCCCAUCUCAGCCAUGCAAACCUUGUAGAGACUAUACAGCCCACAAGACUUUUCUGCCUUCCUUUCCAGGGAUUCCUCUGUUUCUGGUGAUGUCAAUGACUUAGUCUGGCUGCAGCCCAUUGUAUUUGAAGGUCAAAACCUUCAUGUGGCUAACCCAGGAUUUGGUCCUCUGGCACUGACUCCUGUAUUCCUUCAGCACUGGCAAACAACAACAAAAACAACAAAAAACAAAACACCUGUCUCUGAAAAGCAUGCACUUCUUCAUGCUCUGCCUGAAUGAGGCUUUGACUUAGGAUGUGAGAGCAGCAGUAGAGAAAUGGAGCAGGAGGGAGCAGUAGAGGGUGAAGCCACAGUGAAGUGUGGUUUCACUAUAGACCUACCUGCACCAGGGACAGUUUGAAAUUUAAUCUGUUGGGAACACUUACGGAGAACAAGGACAGCUAUGGUGCAGGGAAGGUGUUUGAUAGUGGCAGCCACAAGUUUGUAAAUCACUUUGUUAAGACUUGGCCUAUGAAAUUAGCAAGAAACAGAGAACUUCCAGUUAUCAGAUGUCUCACUCCUGAACUGAUUGAUGGGGAAGGUUUGCCAGAGUUGUCCCAUAAGGCCAAAUUAAUUUUUCUUGUUCUUCCACCACAGUCAGCAGAGCUGUACCAGGGAUAAUUUGGCUUGAAAUGCAAAUCUGUUGUAGGAUUCCACUCUUGUUUUGGAAAUAGUUGGGCUAUUUCUGUGUAUGCCCCUUGUCUCUGGUAGGGGGUGCUCAGCUAUGAACCUGCUCUUGCCCUGGUGCAGCCAUUCCUGAGAGGAAAAGCACUGCUGGCCCUGUGAGUAGAAUUUUUUCUUGGUUCUGCUCUUACAGGGCAGUGUUAAUCCUUCUUUGUAUUACACAGAGAGCAAUUAUUUUAUUCCUUCCCUUCCUCUUUUCAUAUGGCAUCCAUUGCUGGCAAUGGACACAAGAAAACUGUGGUGGCAAGGAGUUAAUCGAAUCUGCCCUGGAUAUGCAAUGUAUCCCAAAUCACUGAGAAUACUUAGGUGGGUAUUUAGAGUUCCCUUUUUACAGUUCAUUAAAUUAAAAGAGAACAAACACUGAACAGAUAGUUCUUUUGAUGCUGUGAUGCCAGUGUUAUGAAAUCAGAGGAACAGUAUGUAGUUUAUCAGCCUUGUUGGUCUUGGGAGUAUAGACCCAGGCAAAAUAGUCACCUGAAACUGUACAUGAAAGAAAAAAAAAGACCUUUGUGUGGGGGAUAAUGUAGAUGAGCUCUACUGGAGCAGAACAAGAAUUGCAAGGUGCAGAUGAGAGUUGGGAUCCCACCAUUUUAGCCCUGGUUAUGUCAUGAUCAUCAAAUGCAGUGUCUAAAGCUGGGUUGUCCUCUCACAGCAUAGCUUAAAUGUGGUGUUGUGUUGCCUCCUACACCACCCCCACAUCAUGUAAAACCCUCAGCUUUAUAGAAAGAUCCUUAGGAUCUCUGCUUUCUCCUUAGCUGUUACAAAACUCUUUGGAAAGGUUAUAAGGAGUUAGCAGUGUGGUGUGGAGGACUGGCUGUCUGCAGAGCUAACCUGGUGUGCAAUAGCAGUUGUGUCUGUUAUUGUCUGUACUUAAGAAGGUCCCAUAUAAAUGCAUUUAAUUUGUGUUUUGCUGAGUGAUGUAAUAUUUAACUGCUCAAAAUAUGGAAGGAUUUCCCAGCAGCAUCUAGUAUCCUAGGGCAUUGUUCUUACUGCCUGUGUCAUUGAAACAGCUGUUGUAGUCUGCUUUCCACUGGUGUCUGACGUGUACCACCCAGCUACUGCAUCUUCAUAGAGUGGUAAUUUGUACCCAGAAGUGCACUUUACUUGCAGCUUGCACACCAGAAACAGAAAAGGACCUGGCAAAUUCCUAAAUAAUUUAAUUGUAUAUAAUACCACAUACCUAAUGCAGCAGGAUUAGCCAGACUUCUCCUUUCUGAGCAACAUGGCUGCUGUCAAAGCUUUGUCUUUUCUGCAAAAUCUCCCUUUUUAAUACAUGUGAUGCUUCUUACAACAUCUUGCAGAACUGCCCAGAGCACGUUACCAGGAUCUCAGUGGCAGCUCAGUGAGAGCUCGGGAGCUGGACUGAAGUUGAAGAGACAUUUACAUUAAGAAGAAAAAAAACGCACAAGGCCUAACAUUUGUUUGUAUGUGUAUCUUCCUCAGUAGAUUAAAGUUGCCUGUUUUGAGUUCACCAGCAAUAAAAAAACCUUGUGAUUUAUCUGCCUUGUCCUAACUGCAGCAAAGAGAAAGUUUCCCUGAUCUCUGCCUUUCUUUUCCAGGGGGUGGUGGGAUAUGGACUCCCCAGUGUUCCAGUUUUGCAUCUGUUCUCUUACUUGUCUGAUGUAAAGUCCACCCUAAAGGAUCUCAAAGUGUGUGAUAAAUAAAUACAGAGUCUGGUGUCCAUCACACAAGAGGCAGUUCAAGCAUUACUGUGGUAUCUGUUCAUACUCCAAAGAGCUUGCCAGAGGGGAAUGUUUGAUCUACAGCAGGACCAGAUGGCAUUUUGGUCUUUUGUAUUACAAUUGAGAGAAAUGUGUACAUAUGUACCAGGUACUAUUGCGCCUUUGGUCUGAGUGCAUUUUGUAAUUAAAGCAGAAUAAUCCAAUCAAGAUUUUGCUUGAGUAAUCCUGUGACUAUAAAAGGUAAAACAAGACUGCAAGGCUUUAGCUGCUUUGAGAAUUAGGAAGCAGGUGACUGAAGUCCUGAGUUUAGCAUAGCUCUGCUGCUGAUUAGUUUUCUAAAACCUGCAGAGAAAGAAAGGGGAUUUCUUCACUCAUGGAAACUUCUGCCCUUUCUGUAAAUAAAACAUGAGCCACAACCAAGAUGUGAACUGAAACCAAAUGUUUUUCUCUUUUAAUUUAUCUAGGCCCUGAAUACAUGCAAUCUGCCCUGUAUUCAAGGACGAGGCUUGCACACCUGAGAUCUUUUCCUCCACUUCUGCUUGCAAAGUGCAGCUGAACCACUGAAGGGGGAGAAUACUCUCUUCCCCUUCCUUCCUGCAUGCUGGCAGCUACCCAAUCCCUCUGUGGUCCAUCCCCUGUUGUAGAAGAAAAUUUUUCUUCUUAUAUGGCCUCUUACCAAACCAGGAGCUGUUAGUAAUGCAUGUCACCUUAUCCAGCUGCUUUGGCACCUAAACCACCACUUUGGGUCACGGAGCUGGUAAGAACAGAUGAGCAUUUUCCUUGUUUGGCAAAUGGCUUCCCUUUGAACCUGCCUUCUCUUACUCCUCCUGGAGUGUCCUGAGCCAGCUGCUGGGGAAGGGACAUUCCCUUCCUUCCACCUUCGGCCCCAGAAAAUGGAGCAAGCUCUGAAGCUGCUCAGGGGUCUUGGCACCACUCAAGGUUUUAUGCUAACACAGGUCUGUCUCUGUUUGGGCACGGCAACUUUGAUUUUAAGAGCUGUAAGUCUCUGAACUUCAGAUUCAUCACAAGCAAGGCUUCCAGAGACCUCAUAGUGAAUUUGUACCAUGUGGAGUAGCUUAUUAUCUUCUAGGAUGGCAAGGUUUUGCUCCAUCAAGGGUUUGACCACUGGUUAAACCUUUGUGAACAAGAAGGGAAGUUACAGAAGCAGGUAGUGCCCCCAGCACCUGAUCUGCUUUUAGCCCGUGGGCAACUAGCAGAGAUGUGGAAGGAAAAGGUGCUGUUUUGACAGAAGGCCUAGGCAGGGGCUGGGGAUGCACUGGUUAGUUUGUGUCCUAAGGUACCACAUCUUCAAAGUUGUGCUUUCCCACUGAAAUCUUUGCUACUUGUGGAAACAAAAAUGUUUGUUUGCCCCGGAGUGUAUGAUUGCUCGAACUUACUCUGAACUAGAAGGAGUGUUCAAAAUCUCCAGUCCUCUAUUCUCUCCAGGCAAUUCCCAACUUACAACUUUGUGGAAAAAUAUGUCACCUUGGGAUGUGCAAGCUACUGCUCAUUAAGCCAAUAUAGGUCUUAAAAGCCAUAUAGUGCUGUUGUCCAUCCUGCUGAGUUAAUCAUGCUGAGAAGCAGAAUAGACACACCUCAGAGUGUGCUGCCAUUUGGCUAUACCACUUCAGGACCUGAAAUAGUAGCAACGCCUACUCAGGAAUUCAUUUUACCUUAUAAAAUGUACUCUUAAUUCCAUGUUUAAGAGGGAGAAAGAGAUCCUAUAUAAGCUUCAUCACUGCUUCUUAUCUUAUUUGUUCUCUUACUUGAUUAAAAUUUCAGCUGUUAAUAAUUGAGACCCUGAAGACCAAAUGUGGAAGGUGACUUUUUACAGCUCUGGAGCAGGUCAGUAUUAUCACAUAACUGCACUCUGUAUUGCAUGGGCUGUGCUGUACAGCUCCAGGCCACAGCCAGGGUGGGCUUCCAUCGUAUAAGGACCGUGAUGAGUAGAGGGAGUGAUAAAAACACUGCUGAUAAUGUUGGCAGAGCUAGGACUGGUGGUGACACUCCCAAAUAUUAAAGAGUUAGGUUGAAAGAACCUUUUUAUAUUCUCUGUAUCUGGCACUUCUCAUAGGUCUAAAGCAAAUUGGUAGUUUUUAUUCUAAGAGAUGCAGACCAUUUCUUUGACUCCUUACUCUGGAGUCUGGGCAGCUCACUCCUCCUACUGUAGGCACUGAAUUUUCUGAUGUGAAUGGCCUUCAUUAAUUUCUCAGAAAAUAGCAAUUUUUAAAUGGUAAUCCCAAAUGUUUGACGUCAGUUUGUAUUUAUGCUUUAGUCAAUUUAGGAGCUAAAGACCCUUAAGUAUCUGGUGAUGCUGUUUGUUUAUACUGUUGUUUGGCAUGUGAUCCUGCUUUAAUGCUAUAAUGCAGAAGAAAGAGGAGGAAGUACAAGCAAUUUUCUCUUUAAUAAAAAUACAUAAACAUGCAGUUCAGACAAUAUUUAUUAAAUAGGUGAGAUAUGUAUAUGCUUAGAGAUGUCUGGCCUUUCAAAUAUGGGACACUUUCCAGUGAAGAAUGUUGCUUUCCACUGUAGUUAAUCACCUUUGCAACAUUUCUAUAUUGCUAUUUCAGUGUGGUUCUUUACCUUAGUAUUUUGAGAAUGAGAAUAAAAGUAUUUUCACAUUUCA